AUGACUAACGAGCUUCGAGCCCGCUGCGAUGAGUUUGGAUUGACUGAACUUCAUACAGCAUCAUUACAAGAAGAGCAAGAGCGAGAGCUUUCCCCCGAAACAGAGCAAGAACGACAAGUUCAGAAACCACCUGCGGCAGAGCCAGAAACUCAUUUUGUUAGUCGAUCUCUGAAAGAUUGGAUACUGAAGGGUUCUUCCUCAAUCGAUAUCACUUUGUUCCAGGCUGAGCAUAAGCCAGCCUUCCAGACGCUGAACAACACAUCGGCAGCUCAAUAUUUCAACGUUCAAGCUUUUCCGAACUGCUUUCAACGCCCUGUCCAAUGGAUCGUGACCAAUAAGUGUCAAGCCGAAUCAGUUUGCCUUGUGAUUAUAAGCCCAUUUGAGGCUCAAGAGCUACUACCACUGAUCGAAAGGUCUCAGCAUGUGACUCUCCACCUCUAUGCUCCCAGGGUAAACCUUGCCUUCCAGUCGCUUGAUCAUUUACAACUCUAUCGGUUAUCGGGAAAGCCCACUUUGGAUGCUACCCCAAGGAGUGUUGUCACGUUCCUGAACCUUUUUUCAGGACAACUCUACCUAUCGUCUUUUCAGGACUAUACCGAUGUUUGCGAUCUGCUCGGGCUGGCUUGGGAUGCUGCGGAUGAGUCUGUUAUCCUCUGUCCAGAUGGUUUUAUUCCUCCAGGCGUCAAAGGAAGUGUCGUCAAUAAGUCAGUAUUUUCGCGGAGCCCCGUUCAAUUCUUGCGACUACUUAUGGAAAAGAUCCGGCAUGAUUGUGGAUCAAUUGAGAAGACAGAUAUCGGUAAGAUCUUUGAAGGUAUGCGUCUGCUGGAGGAUGACUUCAAAGGAAGGAGCUAGAAACUAGGAUAUUACCUUGGCUGGUAUCCAUAAUGUUGACGAGACCCACUUUAAGCUGCCAUCAAUCUAGAUGCUCCGAUGACUCAAUAAGCCUCGUUACAAUUGACCUUGAGCUGACCUACAGGAUGGAAGUAGGACUUUUUGGUUUUGACAGUACGACAUUGCAAGAAGGUGAAAACAAUCUCCUUUUGUCUUUGCUUGCACUCUGUCUAGUAAAUGGGAAGGAAUACUCAGUUGCAAAGUUCCGGAUUGAGUGAAACCGCUACACAGGUACAGGUCCAUAAACUCUGGCGGCUCCCCAGUAUAUUAAAAAAUAAAACAAUAAAAUAAACAAAUAAAUAAAAAUAGCUAGCUAUAACUAACUUAGUUAAUUAACUCAACUAUAAUACUAUAUUAAUCCU